GUACUAGCGAGAACUUCACGCUCGAGACUCACGCUGACAUGUAGCCCAUAUCUAUGGCGAUAUCGUCGGUAGAGUACCAACGACUUGGGAGUCGUGGGAAGGUCACUCAACCGUCUCAUGAUCGUAUAUGUAGACAUGGCUCAGGCUUGGGCAGUCGCGCCUGCGAGAGUGCCGUCACCCAACGAACCCAUGUCGCCAAGCUCGAAGAAGCACCUUCCCAAAUCUGCUACGCCUCACAUAAACGCCGCGAACGCCACAAGGCCAGAUGAACGAGAGCGCACAAAAACGACAGAUCGCGACCGCCGGGACAGUUCGAGACAGAAUAAGGCGUCCGGGUCUGUGGGGUGUAACGGGCAGAGAAAUACAUCACGAGGCGACGCCAGCCACGGCACCGCCGAGGACGCGCGGAGGCGCACUACCAUGGAUGGACAUAUGCUCGUGAGCCAGGGUUCGUCUUCGCAUUAUCAAUACAUGUGGCGCAUGAGAGCGGAAUCUCGACGCGCAUGGUACAGCCUGUACAUGCUACAGCGCGUUCUGCUCUCGUUGGCAGGUGGUCGGAAAAAUCGUGUUGGGGAGCAUCGGCACCUCGCCGAUUUUCCUUCCCAGAUGAUGGCCUGCCGUGAUGAGCGCGCAGUAGAAUUAGACUAGAGCGAUCAUGACGCCUCGGAUCAAACCUCCGCGCGCGGGCCCGAAUGAGUCCAGGCUAGAG